AAAUUAUUAGGCCAACUUCCUCCUUAUGUGUUCUUGACGGUUAAUCCAACAAUUUGCUUUCAUUUCCCUCUUCUUGUUUUCUCCGCUCUCUUCUUCCUUUAUAUAUCACACUUCCUCUUCUGAACAAUCCCAUAAAAUCCAUCAUUUUUUUCUCUGUAAUCAUGGCUGCAUCAGCCUCUUCUUUUGCUGCUAACAAAUUUUUGCAGCCCAUCAACUCCACCAGAUCCAUUGACAACAACAACAAGACCCUUUUGGGAAAUCAGCUUAAAGACAGCUCCUUUUUUCUUGGAUCAGCUAAGAAACUCUAUAUGAAGAAACCCUUUUCGUCUCAGAACUCGAAAAGCCGAUCUAAUGGUGUUUUUGCUGUUUCUGAGGUUGUUAAGGACAAGAAGAUCAAUACAGACUCCUCACUCUCCAAUCUGUUAAUUACCAAGGAUGAAGGGUUGGAGUUGUAUGAAGAUAUGGUUCUGGGAAGAGCCUUUGAGGACAUGUGUGCCCAAAUGUAUUACAGGGGGAAAAUGUUUGGUUUUGUGCAUUUGUACAACGGCCAAGAGGCAGUCUCUACUGGGUUCAUUAGGCUACUGAAGAAGGAAGAUUCUGUGGUUAGUACUUAUCGUGAUCACGUCCAUGCAUUGAGCAAAGGGGUUCCAGCACGUCAAGUGAUGAGUGAGCUUUUUGGGAAGACCACUGGCUGUUGCAGAGGCCAGGGUGGCUCCAUGCACAUGUUCUCUAAAGAGCACAACGUUCUUGGUGGUUUCGCUUUCAUUGGUGAGGGUAUCCCUGUGGCAACAGGUGCCGCCUUCACUAGCAAGUAUAGAAGGGAGGUCAUGAAAGAGGCAGAUUGUGAUCAUGUAACUAUGGCCUUCUUUGGUGAUGGAACUUGCAACAAUGGCCAGUUCUUUGAGUGUUUGAACAUGGCUGCUCUGUGGAAAUUGCCCAUUAUAUUUGUUGUUGAGAACAAUCUGUGGGCAAUUGGCAUGUCUCACUUGAGAUCUACUUCAGAUCCUGAAAUUUGGAAGAAGGGUCCCGCCUUCGGGAUGCCUGGGGUUCAUGUUGAUGGCAUGGAUGUGUUGAAGGUGAGGGAGGUAGCAAAGGAAGCUGUUGCCAGAGCUAGGAGGGGCGAUGGUCCCACUCUGGUUGAGUGUGAGACUUACCGGUUUAGAGGACACUCUUUGGCCGAUCCAGAUGAACUUCGUGACCCUGGUGAGAAUUCCAAUCCCCUUUUGUCUCUAUUGUACUUAUUUUAUAUUUCCUUAAUUCAUUCAGCUUUAUUUCUUUUUAGUACUGCUGAUACUGGUAUUAGUAGUACCAGACUCUGGCUUUAGCUUAUGUUUUAAACU